AUCCCGGACUCGAGACUGUAAUGGCGCCUACCGUGGUGGCUCCGACCACAAGCAUGGGCGACAUGAAGGAGAUAUUAUUUGCUCAGCGCCUUGCUGACAACGAAAAGAGAGUUAGGGAUAAAGCUCUCAAGAAUUUAAAAAAAUAUGUGUCGGUCAAAACAAGUGUUGGAAGCGGGUUUUCUGAUGAUGAUGCACUAAAGAUAUGGAAGGGCCUUUUUUACUGCAUGUACAUGGCAGAUAAACCCCUCAUACAGGAGGAUUUAGCAGAUGAGAUAAGUAGCCUUUUUCACUUCAUCAACAAUAAAGAUAGCUGCCAGUGCUUCAUCAAGGCAGCCUUCAUGACAUUUGCUCGUGAAUGGAAUGGAAUUGACGGAUUUCGUAUUGGCAAAUUUAUGAUGUUCGUCAGAAGAGUGGUGCGUCAAGUGUUUGUGUAUUUACGAAACUGUGAAUGGAACAUGAAAGAAUUGAUGUCAGUUGUUACAAUCUUGGAGAUGGCUGUGAUAUGUCCUGAGGAUAAUGUAAAUGCUACCCCAUUAGGACUUAAACUUCAUCUCUGUGACAUCAUUCUUGAAGAGCUCGCUAAGGUUGGAGGAGAAAAUCUGGAACAUCGGGUCAUAAUGGCCAUUUUGAAGCCAUAUUUCAAGGUUCUAGCCUUGACCAAGCUAGAUGUGUACUCCAGAAGUGUUAGUGAUGGAGUAAUUCGUCACCUUAUGCGCCAAAGCAGUUUAGGGGUAGCCCAUGACGAGGGUCCGUCAAGUGCUGUUACUACAGAGAAUAAUGAAGAUGAAGAAAUGGCUGAUGCGGAGUCAGAGAAUGGGAGUGAGGAAGAGGAACCUCUGGAUCCCAGAGCAGGACAAGUGGAUGUGUGUGUACCACAACUGAAACCAAACUUUAAUUUAUUAGCCGACUCACUUCAGAGUGUAGGAGCUGUAGCCAAAAUACGCAAGAUAAAUCGGCAACGAAUCUACCAGCUGGCAAGUGAAUUGCGGGAUGUUGCACAAGGAUUUUAUCCUUUAGGUGUCCCAAAGGAACGUGUAGCUAACAAUCUUGAGGUUCCCGAAAUCGAAGUGGAAAAGGCAAUUGAAAGAUUACAGGAAUUUAAUGAAAAUCUUGGUAAGGGGGUGAAAACGAAGGACGAUGACGACGACAUUGACCAAUUAUCAUCCAAUACACGCACUUUUAAGAAGAAAAUCUCCAAGAGAAAGAAACUUCAAGCUUCCAAAAAGGGUAAAAAGAAGAAGAAAAUAGGACUCUCCAAAAAGGAAAAGAGAAAGCUAGAUAAGCAUGAGAGAGAAUUGGCAUUAAACAGAAAGCGAGCUAUAGAGCAUAAGUUGCACAUAGUUGCAGCAUUGUCUGGUAUACCGCGUAUCAACACUUCUUCCAAUAAUUCUUCCCCUGAAAGUAAAGUAUCAACAGGCAUGCAUGGUUUUGAAGUGUGUCCCAUGAUUCAGAAGGCCAAUAAAAAAACUAGAAAUCUGCCAAGUGAUGAAAGUGGUUUUAAUGUAGAAUCUACCAAAUCUAGAAUUAAUGUGAAAAAAAGAAAAAGUAUAGAAAUUGCAGAGAAACCAGUCAAAAAACAAAGAUGUUCGUUUACUGUCACAGAUUUAGAUUCUCCAUCAAAAGCAUUAUUUUCUAAUAUUCUGGAAUCUGCUGGAGAGAAACCAAAUAAAGUUUCAUUAGAAUCAGACAUGGAUAAUACAGAAGAGAGAAAUGUCAGCAAAUCAAGUAAGGAACUGUGCAGUGGUGUAAGUCAAACUAAAUCUGUAAAUGGCACAGGUUUAAGUAGUGAUAUUUCAUAUAAAGUUGCUGGUGAAAUAACCAAGAAUGAUGUUUGUGAAAAACCAUCAUGUAUUAAAGGUAAACAAACAGCACCCAGUGAAGGUAACAGUGAGACUUCUAAUGACAAAUCUGUUGCUGCUGAUAACAAAUCUGUUGCAUCCAAUAGCGGAGAGGAAACGGUAAAAUAUCUUGCUAAAAACAAGCCAAUAGAACCCAAGGAUGCUGUGAAUGGUAGUUCGGGUCUAGUGCUAAAUUUUUCAAAUAGUGAUGAGCCAAGUGGACUUGCAGGUGACAGAGAAAAAAAUCAGAAGUCACCAUGGGAUGAACCUCUGGAUGAUGGAGAGUUUGAGAUUUUCAUCAAGAGCAAGCGGCAGAUUAAGAGGGAUAAAAAGAACAAGUUGUUAAACUCUGCAAAGAAAUUGUCCAAGACUAGUUCUCAGAAGGCACGCACCAUCAGUAUUAAUCUGAAGCAAAAUAAAGAGCAUGAGUUUAGUGAUUAUGCACGCACCUUGAGAGCUAGUCCAAGGAUCCCAUUUAAUGCCAGUUUGUUGCCAAAGGCCCCUGUACUUAAAGCUUCUCCAUCUCCAAUUUUAGUGAAGAAGUCAUUACUUAAGAACAUUAAACCCUUUGGUUCAACUUUGUCUCCCAAGUUCAAAAAAGGCAAGAGAGCAAAUGCAGCAGAUUUUUUUUUUUAGUUAGCAGUUAUAUGUUGAAUGUGAAUACUUGUACCAAUCAUGUUGCCGUGGCAGUUGGAUAAACGUGUAGGAAUCACUUGACAUCUUGUUUAUUAAGAUCAAGGUAACUAAAUAAUGUUUUUAUAUUGAAUACAUAAUACUUUUAAUGACCUUUGGAGUACUGUACCAUAAAAUCAUAUGUCCAUAAUCUGAGGCAAAGACCAUAGCACCAUAACUUGUGUCUGGCAGACACAACUUGUGUGAUCAUCAGCUAAUAAAUAACUUAAUUCCAUCAUAGCACAUAAAUCUAUGUAUAAAUUAUGUGUAUAGCAUAUGGUAUAUAUAUGCAUGCAUAUAUAUAUAUCACACAUCUACUACUCUCACUCUGCCAAACUCUGAAAGAUCAGGAUCUUUAUGGCCUUGAUCCUGAGCCCAUAAACUGAUGAUAGUUUUUUUAAGAUGAAUGGAAACCAAGCAAUGAAACGUAUGUUUCCUUAAAUCCCACUUGGUACUAGUGAGUGAUCUCACCUCAUAUCAUUCAGUAUAAUUAUGAAAUGUCUAACUUCAUUUCCUAUUAAAUAUGCAUUCCAUAUUGCCAAGAACACUCAGCUAUAUAAUAAUCUUAAGAUCUGGGCUACAAAUGUGUUAUUGACAUCCUGAUCUUCAGAGGCUCGUAUAGUGCCAACAGUAGAGGUGAUGCAGUCCUAGGUGAUGGAACUAUGGGCUCAUAUCCUACUUUGUGCUUUUUAAGUGUGUUUUCACUUACAUCAUUCAGAGUUAUUAAGUUGCAAUAUAUGUAAGAGUGUAUGUGUACAUAUUUAUUCACUGCUAUCAAUGUAAUGAAUUGGAUACUAGCAAAUGUAAAGAAAAUAUAAUUUGUACAGCUCUAUGAAAUAAUAUGUGGGUACGUGUGCAACCAUUA